CCGAAAAAAAAAUCAGGAUUUAAAAUAUUCCGUUUGUCCCACUGUGAUUCUCUUCCCGUGACGUCACGACUUAAGCUUUCGGCUUAGAACGACAGAUACAGACACUGAGAGCAGAGAGAGCGAGAUAAUAAUGCCCUGUCGUGGGCAGGACAGUGCGAAGUGGGGGGUGAGAUGGUCAGUUAGUGGGAGAGAAAACUCUUAUCAGAAGCGGGACCGUUACAUCGCAGACAAAACAAAGCCGAAAAUAAUCCCGCAUAGAAAGUCGAACGUGUUGCUCGUAGCUAGUCGCACGUAAAAAAAAUGCUGGUGUCUCUGUUUAUUUUGGCGACUCUCACUAAGAUCCACGGUCAUUAUACCAGCGGCGAUGCUCCAGUCUAUCAUCCACUACCCCACUUUUGGACGGGCGUCGGCUUCUGCCCCUCCGGGCGGAUCGAUCACCGAGGAAUCAGCUCCGCCCUAAGUUCCUCUGCGGUCCAGAUGAAUCUUCGCCAAAUAGCCGCCCUGCCGGUUGGUGCAGUGACCCACAUCCGAAUUCACUGGUUGCUGGAGCUGAUUCAUUUUCUGCAGUAUGAUUCUAAUGGAACACCAAUAUACGAUUUUUCUGAAUUUGAUGCCUUCAUUGACUUCUUGCAUGAUGAGCUACGUCUUUCACCAGUGAUAGAAUGGAUGGGUAAUCUGGGAGGGGUGUUUCUAGAAAACCCCCAACAAAUGCCCUUUUAUUGGGAGCAUUUUGUAAAGACUACGAUUAACCAUCAGUUGGCUCGACAUGGAUCCUCCAAAAUUGCUAACUGGCGGUACGAAACUUGGAACGAACCGGACCUUCGAAGCUACAACAAGCUGAAUAUGACCGCCCAAUCCUUCCUAGACUAUGUUCAAGCCGUGCGUCGUGGUCUGAGCAAAGCUGGUAGUUUGGAAACCCACGAGGGCAAAUUUCAGCUGCCCAUGUAUCGAGCUCUGCGAGGUCCAGCCGGUCUCUUCAAAAGCCUGCAAAAUCAUCCGCUCUGCUGGAAGCUACUGGACGAGUGCAACAAAAGUGUGAAAUACUGCCCAAUCGAUAUACUCACUUUUCACCGCAAGGGAGUCAAUGGGACUGCUACGGAGAUCAUCAACGGAUCUCUGGCGUUGAUGGCAAAAAUCUAUGAGGAGUAUCCUAAUCUCAAAACUCUUCCGGUGGCCAAUGACAUCCGUAGUGAGGCUGAUCCCGUGGCAGGUUGGAAUACUCCGCGGGAAUUUCAGGCAGAUGUGCGUUAUGGAAUUACUCUGAUAUCCACGGUAAUGCAUCACUUGCAGGCGAAAGUAGCUGAUGGGCCACUGAGGAGGUUGGAGUCGAUUAGCCAUGACAAUGCUUUCCUUAGCUAUCAUCCCUAUGAGUUUACCCAGCGGACUCUUCUAGCUCACUUUCAAAUGAAUGAAACGCAUCCUCCACAUUCCCAGUUCUUUCAAAAGCCCGUGUACAUUGCUUUGGGAAUGCUAGCCAAACUAGGUAAUCGGGCUGCAAAUAUUGAAAGAGUUAACAUGGACGCAUCGCACAGUGUUCAGGUUCUACGAUCUGUUUCCGGCGGAUCAGGUGGACCAGGACAAUAUAUGGCCACCAUAUUUCUAAGUCCAGUGGAGGCGGGUCCUCAACUGACAGCCUUCCAUCACAAAUAUACCCUGAAUAUGUCCAUAGCCAACGAGUCAGCCUUUAUUACCGAACUAAUAGUGCCCUACAUUACGGAUCCUUAUUACGUAUGGAAGCAGGCUGGCAGCCCUGCUUAUCCAAAUGCUACUUUGCGGGAAGCGAUGCGACGCGUUCAGACGCCAAAACUCCACCAAACAGGACCCAUUUGGGCGUACAACAGCGAAGUAGUGAUUAAUUCCGCCAAUAUUCCUCUACCCUGGGCAAUGCUGCUGCGCGUGUGUUCCGCCUCAUGGCCAAAACUGCGCCGGCCACAGCAACUCGCCAUUGCAGAAGUCACCCAUGGUGAGGUCUUUAUUAGCUGGAUGGAGCAUCCCAAGUCAACCCAGUGUUUGCUCAGCUACGAGGUCUGGUUCAAGGAACGCGACAGCCAAGGUCUCUCGGUCGAUUGGGUGUUGAUCUCCAACGAUUGGCACCUGCCUUAUCCAUCCUUUCACUACGCACCAGGGGAUCGGGGAUCCGUAAAUGGUUUUUAUAAAGUUCGUGGAGUCGAUGUUUUCAACGCUACCAGCCCUUUUUCGCAAAUAGUCGAAUAUAUGGAGUUGUAGUUUAACAAACAUAUCUAUAUUUAGGCAAAUGAAACCAAACAU